AUUUUCUCUAAAAUAAGCAUGUCAAGUAGUUACCUCUCUGAUUCUUUUCCUUACGAAAACGAGGAUGAAGAAGAAAAUUUACACGAGGAGUCAGCCUAUAGCGAUGCCAUUAUGUUUGCCAUUGACUGUAGCGAAUCCAUGUUAACAGUGACAGACGGUGAAAUUCCAGUCAUUGUGGCAUUGAAAAGUGUUCGAAGUACUAUCCUAAGCAAGAUCGCAAGUAGUCCAAGAGACCAAAUUGGCGUCGUACUGUAUGCUACGAGGGAAAGUAAUAACUCUGCACAAAAAGACCAUAUUUGUGUUAUGUGUCCCUUGGAUGUUCCUGAUGUACCGCGUAUCAAGGAACUCGAUGCGCUUAUUCAAGAUGUAUCCAUGUUUAAGAUAAUGUACGGAUCAACUAACUUUCUUUUCCCCAUUGGGGACGUGUUCUCGGUUCUAUCUGAUGCCAUGUCAAAAGCUCCAAAGACCUCCAAAAAACGUGUCUUCUUGAUCACAAAUAAUGAUGAUCCAACAGGUGAUAAUCCUGUUUUUAAGAAGACUUCCAUACAGAGAGCAAAGGAUCUGUGUGCUGAUAAUACCAUUACCUUAUUUGGAUUGGAUACGGCUGAGAAAGUAUUUGAUACAAACAAGUUUUACAAGGAUAUCGCAUCAUUUGGUGAAGAGGACUUUGGAACUGGAACUAAAACCGGACAAUUGACGAGUUUGAUGGAUAUGGUAGAAACUAGCAGUAAACAACCACGAUCUGCUUUCCGAAUUCCGUUCGAAAUUGCGCCAGGUUUGACCAUUGGUGUUAAAGGCUAUAAUUUGGUCAUUGAAGAAAGAAUUCCUCACCCUAAAAAGUUUACUACAAACGCCGAGAAAAUCGAAGAGGUUGUGGUAGAAACGAGCUAUCGAUGUGUGGAUACAGGAAAAGCCCUUGCGACAACAGAUAUUAAAAUAGGGUAUGAGUUUGGAGAAGAAAUUAUUGAAUUUUCAAAAGAAGACAUUAGCAAACUUAAAACUGUUCGUGAUCCAAGUCUUCUAGUCCUGGUAUUCAAAAAGAAGACUGAACUGAAAGAUUACCAUCAAAUUUCACAUCCAUACUUCAUCUAUCCUGAUGACUCGAGCUAUAUUGGAAGUGCUAAAACCUUUAUGGUAUUAUUAAACACCCUAUUGAAAAAAGAUCAGAUCGGCAUUUGCUCCUUGGUGACGAGAAGAAAUACUAUUCCAAGGAUCGUUGCUCUUGUGCCACAGAUUGAGAAGACAGAUCCACAGGGAAAUCAAACACAGCCCCCUGGAUUCCAAUUAGUUAAGCUACCUUAUGCUGAUGAAAUCAGACCUGUCCCACCUGUCGUUACUCCUGUCAAGGUUAACGACCCUGCACGUGAGGCUGCCAAAGAUCUUAUUCGCAAAUAUGAAAUUGAGUAUGAUCCUUCGAAAUAUCACAAUCCAGCUAUUCUGAACCAUAAGAUUGCAGUUCAGAAUAUUGCACUUGGACGCGGACCUGAAGAAAAGCCAGUCGACACACUUCUUCCAGACUAUCAAUAUAUUGAACAUAAUCUUACAGCCGUAAUUGAUAACUUCAAGAACUUGGUUGGAUUGGAUGGCAUUACUAUUGCGGAUUUGAAUGACUAUGCUGCACCAAGUGGAUCCAAGCGAAAGUCGGCUGUUGGUGAUGAUGAUUCUCUUCUUGAAAGAAAGGCAAAGGCUUCUCAUUUGAAUAUUCCUGAAAUGUGGAAAGCAGGAUUAUUAACAAAUGCUACAAAUCAAUUAUUGAAAGACUUUUUGACAACAAAAAGUAUUCAACCAAAGAAACUCAAGAAAGAUUUGAUCACUCAAAUUGACGAACAUUUAUCAAAAACCGAAGGAAAGUAAGGGAACUGGCCUUCUACUGUUCUAACUGCAGCAAUUGUGUGUAUAAUAAUAAUAAAAGUCGUCCUUUGAAGCCAGUGAGUGUGGCUAAGCUUCAAAUAUUUUAAACACGUAAC